GCUUGCUCCAAGACCCCUCGUCCAUUAUGGACCAAGAUAGCUGCUUCCUUUGUUUCGACGAGUUCAAGGACGCCGAUGUCAUUUGAUCAUGUAACAGCUUGAUCUGCUUAAAACUCAGGAACAUGCUCUGUUUCAUGCCCUGUAACCCUGCCACAGGCUUAAGGUUCAACAAGAUACCACCAUUAAUUCAUGCCGGUUUCUUUAGUCUCAAUUAUGGCUUCGGCUAUGAUAUUUCAUGUGACACUUACAAGGUUGUGGUAUUGCUGAAUGAACCUCUGGAUCAGAGGGUGUGCAAGACAAUGGUUCAUUGCAUUGGUGAGAGUUGCUGGAGAGAGAUUCUGAGCAUCCCUGACAGCCCAAUUGACUUUCGUCAUUCCAAUGGACUCUUUGUAGGUGGCUGCGUUAAUUGGUUAGCGCGCCAGUUGGUGAUUAUUUCCCUUGACAUGCGUCAGGAGACAUACCGCUUGUUGUCACUGCCUGAGGGUAUUAGUGAGCUGCCUCGUGCUCAGAUAUAGGUUUUGGGGAAUUGCCUUUGCCUUUUUUAUGACCAUAAGGGAACCCAUUUUGUUGCGUGGAAAAUGACCGAGUAUGGAGUUCCAGAGUCUUGGACUCGUCUGUUGAGUAUCAGUUAUGAACAUCUUCAAUGUGAUCAUCGCCUUCAUCAUUGGCUGAUACGCUUGUAUGGAGAUGGAGACAUCUUUAUGCUUGCAAAAGAUGGGAAAUUAGCUAUCAUAUAUAAUCGAAGAUAUAGUAGUGUUAAAUAUCUUCAACUUCCCAACAACAACAAACAUUGGUUGGGUGCCACUGAUUAUGUAGAGAGUCUGGUUUCACCUUGUUAAGAUUAAGCUCAUUAGUGACAGUUUGUUUUCCCAAUUUAUCUUAUAGUUUUCCUCUUGUAACCAAAAAAAUUAUCUUAUGUAAGAAGU